AUGGCGGCGCCGCCGGCGAGGGCCCGGGCCGACUACGACUACCUUAUCAAGCUGCUCCUCAUUGGGGAUAGCGGUGUUGGCAAGAGUUGCCUCCUGUUGCGGUUCUCUGAUGGUUCCUUCACUACAAGCUUUAUUACCACAAUUGGUAUUGACUUUAAGAUACGAACAAUAGAAUUGGAUGGCAAGCGUAUAAAGCUACAGAUUUGGGAUACAGCCGGCCAAGAACGCUUCCGGACUAUUACCACUGCGUACUACCGAGGAGCUAUGGGCAUCUUGCUGGUUUAUGAUGUCACUGAUGAAUCUUCUUUCAACAACAUCCGAAACUGGAUUCGGAACAUUGAACAGCAUGCCUCUGAUAAUGUCAACAAAAUUUUGGUUGGCAACAAGGCCGAUAUGGACGAAAGCAAGAGGGCUGUACCUACUGCAAAAGGACAAGCACUUGCUGAUGAGUACGGGAUCAAGUUUUUUGAAACAAGUGCCAAGACAAACCUGAAUGUGGAGCAAGUGUUUUUCUCCAUCGCACGUGACAUCAAGCAGAGGCUUGCGGAGACUGAUUCAAAGCCAGAGGACAAGGCAAUCAAAAUCAACAAGCCAGACCAGGGUUCCGAGGCACCAGCUGCCCAGCGAUCUGCCUGCUGCGGCUCAUAA